GAAAGAGUAAGAGAUUUUAGAAGCAAAUUUAGUUUUUAUAUUAUGUUCAAAAAUUCUAAUUAUUAUACAAUUAAUAAAAGUAAAAUCUUAUAAUAAAAUUGUUGUCUCUGACGAAUAGUGUUGAAAAUAUUUUAUUCAUCCAACUAAUAUAUAUAUAUAUAUAUAUAUUCAAGUUAACUGGAUUUUAAAAAUGGAAGCUAGUCUUUCAGAUUCAUGGAUAACACUAACUAUUAAAGCGCCUAAUCAACAAAUUGAUGAUCAAGUAGUAAAAUGUCAACUGAAUUGGUCAGUAGCAAAACUUAAAGAUCACAUUCAUGAAAUAUAUCCUAAUAAACCUAAAAUAGAAGAUCAAAGAUUGAUAUAUUCUGGGCAGCUUUUAAAUGAUAGCAUUACUUUAAAAGAUAUUUUAAGGCCAUAUGAUGAUGAUGGUCAGCUCAAUCGUACUAUUCAUUUAGUAUGUGCUUCAUCUUCUUUUUCAGCUCCUUUGAAAAAAGAUACAUCGAAGAUUGAGAACAUAAGCCAUGAUGAUAUAAGACAAAGUAAUGUAAAGUUUAUGGAGACCAACAAUAUACACACUUGUGAAACUAGUAGGCCAGUUAACUAUGAAACCAUAAAUUCAAAUAAUAUGCACGAGUUUAGUAGUCCAAUUGACCAAAACAGACUAAGUUCUUAUAACAAUCCAAUAUUACUAUCACCUGAACAAAUUGCUUCAGAGCAAAUUGUUUGGAUUAAUAGAAUGUAUGCUAUUCAAAUGGCACAAUAUUGGCAAUAUGUGGCAGCAAGGUUUGAUAUACCACAUCAAAAUAUUACACAAAUGACUGUGAAUAAUGAAUUGCCCAUUAAUAACAAUAAUAAUAAUAAUGUAAUUGGAAAUAAUCAACAAGAAGUUCAAAAUAUUGUACCUGGAGAAAAUGUAAAUGAACCAAAUAUUCCAAAUAAUCAAGAUUGGCUAGAUUGGUUAUAUGUAUCUAGUAGAAUAUUUAUCUUUUUAAGUGUUAUUUACUUUUAUUCAUCUCCAGGCCGUUUUAUUGUUGUUGCUGGUUUUGCAGUAUUUUUUUACUUAUAUCAGACUGGAUUAUUACGUCAAAUUCACGAGCAAAAUAGACGAAGGGCUAUACCAGAAAAUCAAGAACAGGUAGUGGACAAUAAUAGAAAUAUUACAAAUGGAAAUACUGAAGAUACAACAUCCAGACAAAAUGAACGAUUAAUGACAACUCUCUGGACUGUAAUUAGUACAUUUUUUACAUCUUUAAUUCCACAAGCUCCAGAUAUCAUAUAAUUUCUUUAAUAUUUCAUUAAUAAGAUUCAAAAAUAGGAAAUAUUUCACCUAUCACUAUUUUAUCUUAAAAAUUUAUAAAUAAUUACUUUGUUAUGAAUAUAUAAUGUAUAUUAUGUUAGAAUUUUAUUUGUAAUUUAUUUAUUUAUAACAUACAGAAGCCACAAUAACACUAUUCAAUUGUUUUACCAUAAUUAUUGUUGUAAGGUAAUGCCAAAUGGAAUUUUUAUAUCAUUUUAAUAAAGUAAUAAAUGAUUUAUUCCAAAAUAA